GUGCUCCGGCGCCGCUGGGGACCGGUUGGGCGACAGCGCCCUCCUCUCUGGGGCUACACGGAGGUGGUUCCUGGUGCUCAAACCCCUCACCACCUCACUUUCCCUUCCCGACCCGGGCAGCGCUGCCCCCACAUCCUCAGCCCCCCGACUUCCCUCCCGACCUCGCCCUCCGGCGCCAGCCCUGCCCCCUUGGUUUUCUGCGCCCUCUUCGCACAGCGCCCCCGGACCGCUCCGAGGGCGGCCUUUUGAAAAACCUUUGUGGAGGAGUGAGUGAACCAGAGCCGGGGAGCUGUCUGAGGGCGAGGCGGCGCGCGAGGUAGGAAGAGACGAUGGCUUCCUCCUCCGGCAACGAUGACGAUUUGACUAUCCCCAGAGCUGCGAUCAAUAAGAUGAUCAAAGAGACUCUCCCCAAUGUCCGGGUGGCCAACGAUGCCCGGGAGCUGGUGGUGAACUGCUGCACUGAAUUCAUUCACCUGAUCUCUUCGGAAGCCAAUGAGAUUUGCAACAAGUCGGAGAAGAAGACCAUCUCUCCGGAGCAUGUCAUUCAAGCCCUAGAAAGUUUGGGCUUUGGCUCUUAUAUCAGUGAAGUAAAAGAAGUUUUACAAGAAUGCAAGACUGUAGCAUUAAAAAGAAGAAAGGCCAGUUCUCGUUUGGAAAACCUUGGCAUUCCUGAAGAAGAGUUAUUGAGACAACAACAGGAAUUGUUUGCAAAAGCUAGACAGCAACAAGCAGAACUGGCCCAGCAGGAAUGGCUUCAAAUGCAGCAAGCUGCCCAACAAGCGCAGCUUGCUGCUGCCUCAGCCAGUGCAUCUAACCAGGCAGGAUCUUCUCAGGAUGAAGAAGAUGAUGAUGAUAUCUGAAAUUCACCAGCUGAGGUUCUGUUUCCUCUAUAAAUGUUUUCCCUGCACAAUAAAACAGUGAAAGGAAUGCUUAUCUGUAAUUUUGUAUGCAUCUUGGUGGACCUGCCACUGGUACCUAGGGAUGUCUGCUAUUGAUUUUCAUCUAUUGUGUGCUAUUCAUGUGAAAACUGUCUCUUUGAACAAUUGAAAAUUUAAGGUUCAGUAUAAUAUCAAUUUUGAAUUUUUAAUGGUGUUUAUGAGAUUUUAGAUAGCAGUGAGUCCUUUAUUGAUCAAUAAACAGUGUUACAGAAAACUUCAA